UGCCGCGACAAUGAUGGCAGUAUCUAUUGUUCACGGAGGACCACCUCCUCGAUUUAUGUCGCGCCUGCUAUAUUCCUCACUGCAUCAGAGUCGGCCGUCCGUGGGUAUUAAGGAUGUCAGCGACAAGGAUGUCCGAAAUCAAAUACAGAAGCUCAUCAAUGCCGAGUCAAUCCAUGACAUCCAUGCUCAACUCGACGUAAUGCAAACUUUAAUAACGGUUGCUGGUUGUAUUAGACCGGUGUUUAAUACAAAUGAUAAGGAACGUUUGGUCCAGGACCUGGUGGAGUUCUUUGUGCUAACAAGAGUCAGUGCCUGCACCGAGCAAUUAAAGAGGGGUCUACAGGCACUUGGGGUUCUAGACGAGAUAAUGGCCCACCCCAAAUGCAUGGAGGAGUUAUUCAUAUAUGCUCCAGACCAGAACCUCACGGCAGAUAUGGUUGAGGCGGUGUUUUUUAAAGUGGCUUUUUCGGAAGCAGGUAGCAACCAGCACCAAAAACAAACAAGAGUUGUUUCAUUUUGGAGAGACUUUCUGAUGGAUUUGGAAGAUGGAGAUGAUGAACUCUCUUUGAAAGACUUGUUAGUGUUUGCGACCGGGGCAGACGUUGUUCCACCUCUCGGUUUCCAGCCAGAGCCAUCACUCGAGUUUGCCGAGGGGCUCUAUCCUUUGGCAAACACUUGUGCCAUGGUGUUGCGUUUGCCGACAAUAGAUAAUUACCAAAAUUUCAAGGCCAAUAUGAUCUUCGGAAUAGCAAACGCCCCUGCAUUCGGAACGGCUUGAGGUUUCAUAGCAAGUACUUGAUGAAGGCCAUAUUGGGAAAUUCAACCAACCAUAUCUACUUUUACAAAAUGAAGAAGGACACUUCUACUAGAUGGUU